AUGGCGGACUGUGAGUUUAACGUCGACAAUCUGAUCAAGCGACUGCUGGAAGUUCGAGGAUGCCGGCCGGGAAAGAUAGUGCAGAUGACAGAGUCGGAAGUCCGCGGACUCUGUUUAAAAUCCAGAGAGAUAUUUCUUAGCCAACCCAUCCUACUGGAAUUAGAGGCACCUCUGAAAAUAUGUGGUGACAUUCAUGGCCAAUAUUCCGACUUGUUGCGAUUGUUUGAAUACGGUGGUUAUCCUCCAGAUGCCAAUUAUCUAUUUUUGGGGGAUUAUGUAGACAGAGGCAAACAGCUUUUCCUCUCUUCACCUUUUCCUCUCUUCACCUUUUCCUCUCUUCACCUUUUCCUCUCUUCACCUUUUCCUCUCUUCACCUUUUCCUCUCUUCACCUUUUCCUCCUUCACCUUUUCCUCUCUUUUUUUCCUCUCUUCACCUUUUCUCUUCACCUUUUCUCCUUCACCUUUUCUUCACCUUUUCCUCUCUUCACCUUUUCCUCUCUUCACCUUUUCCUCUCUUCACCUUUUCCUCUCUUCACCUUUUCCUCUCUUCACCCUUUCACCUUUUCCUCUCUUCUCUCUUCACCUUUUUCCUCUCUUCACCUUUUCCUCUCUUCACCUUUUCCUCUCUUCACCUUUUUUCACCUUUUUCCUUCUUCACCUUUUUCCUCUCUUCACCUUUUCCUCUCUUCACCUUUUCCUCUCUUCUUCACCUUUUCCUCUCUUCACCUUUUCCUCUCUUCACCUUUUCCUCUCUUCACCUUUUUCCUCUCUUCACCUUUUCCUCUCUUCACCUUUCCUCUCUUCACCUUUUCCUCUCUUCACCUCUCUUCACCUUUUUCCUCUCUUCACCUUUCCUCUCUUCACCUUUUCUCUCUUCACCUUUUCCUCUCUUCACCUUUUCCUCUCUUCACCUUUUCCCUCUUCACCUUUUCCUCUUUCACCUUUUCCUCUCUUCACCUUUUCCUCUCUUCACCUUUUCCUCUCUUCACCUUUUCCUCUCUUCACCUUUUCCUCUCUUCACCUUUUCCUCUCUUCACCUUUUCCUCUCUUCACCUUUUCCUCUCUUCACCUUUUCCUCUCUUCACCUCUUUUCCUUUCCUCUCUUCACCUUUUCCUCUCACCUUUUCCUCUCUUCACCUUUUCCUUCUUCACCUUUUUCUCUUCACCUUUUCCUCUCUUCACCUUUUCCUCUCUUCACCUUUUUCCUCUCUCUUCACCUUUUCUCUCUUCACCUUUUUUUCACCUUUUCCUCUUCACCUUUUCCUCUCUUCACCUUUCCCUCUCUUCACCUUUUCCUCUUUCCCUUUUCCUCUCUUCUUUUCCUUCUUCACCUUUUCCUCUCUUCACCUUUUCUCUCUUCACCUUUUCCUCUCUUCACCUUUUCCUCUCUUCACCUUUUCCUCUCUUCACUUUUUCCUCUCUUCACCUUUUCCUCUCUUCACCUUUUCCUUUUCUCUUCACCUUUUCCUCUCUUCACCUUUUCCUUCUUCACCUUUUCCUCUCUUCACCUUUUUCCUCUCUUCACCUUUUCCUCUCUUCACCUUUUCCUCUCUUCACCUUUUCCUCUCUUCACCUUUUCCUUUUCACCCCUCUUUCACCUUUUCCUCUCUUCACCUUUUCCUCUCUUCACCUUUUCCUCUCUUCACCUUUUCCUCUCUUCACCUUUUCCUCUCUUCACCUUUAUACUUUAUUUUUUUUUUCCAUUUCAUUCUUUUUUCUUCUUGCUUGUUCUUUUUCUUCUUCUCCUCUUUCUUUUUCUUCUUCUCCUCUUUCUUUUUCUUCUUCUCCUCUUUCUUUUUCUUCUUCUCCUCUUUCUUUUUCUUCUUCUCCUCUUUCUUUUUCUUCUUCUCCUCUUUCUUUUUCUUCUUCUCCUCUUUCUUUUUCUUCUUCUUCAGUAAACGAAGGUUUAAUGUUCGCCUAUGGAAGACAUUCACAGACUGCUUCAACUGUCUUCCUAUUGCUGCUAUUAUAGAUGAAAAGAUAUUUUGUUGUCAUGGGGGCCUUUCUCCUGAUUUACAGUCCAUGGAACAAAUCCGUAGAAUUAUGCGACCAACAGAUGUUCCUGAUACAGGUCUUUUAUGUGACUUGCUUUGGUCAGAUCCUGACAAAGAAGUUCAAGGCUGGGGUGAAAAUGACCGUGGUGUUUCUUUUACUUUUGGUGCUGAUAUUGUCAGUAAAUUUCUAAACAGACAUGAUUUAGACUUGAUCUGUCGAGCACACCAGGUUGUUGAGGAUGGGUAUGAGUUUUUUGCCAAAAGACAAUUAGUCACUCUAUUUUCAGCUCCUAACUACUGUGGGGAAUUUGAUAAUGCUGGAGGAAUGAUGUCUGUAGAUGAAUAUCUUCUUUGUUCAUUUCAGAUUCUAAAGCCAUCUGAAAAGAAAGCCAAACAUCCCACCUGUUGGCACCAGGUUUUCAUCUCCCAUUCACUUUACGAAAUCGUCAACAUCUGA